AUGGGGGACAACGACGGCAGCGAAAUCCUAGAGCACCACGUGGAGGAGGAGAUGGAGAAGAAAAGCACGCGGAGCCACGCAGCUUCCUCCUCGUUCCUGGAGAGCGUCACUCCGUCCGACAGAGAGGGCCACAGCGGCACCCAGUCCUCCCACAGGCUGCUGGCCUACAGUGAUGCUCUCAUCUCCAUCAUCGCCACCGUCAUGAUAUUGCCUGUUGCCCAUACAAAGAUGGAAAAUAAUGAGGAGUUGAGGGAGAGUGUUCAGCUUCUGCUGACAACAAAGAUAGCCGUUUACCUAAUGACAUUCCUUAUUGUGACUGUUGCAUGGGCUGCGCAUAUCAGGUUGUUUCAAGUAAUUGUACGCAUUGAUGAUUGCCUUGCACUGCUGAACCUCGCCUGCAUGAUGCUGAUAACCUUUCUACCGUACACAUUCUCUCUGAUGGCGACUUUCCCUGAGCACAUCCUCGGCAUUUUACUCUUUUGUGGUUGUGUGAUGGUGAUGGGCGUCAUUCAGUCGGUGAUUGUGUUGUACGCCUUCAGUCGUCCCUUCCUGCUUAACGAGCAGAUCCAGAUCUCCGAGAACCAAACCUACUACAAACACCACAUCCUCAAAGUCAUCAUGCGGGUUCCACUCAUGUGCUUUUUCGCCAGCAUCUUCUCCUUCAUCUUCUUCCAGUUGUCUUACGUGCUGUUGGCAGUCGUCAUCUUCCUGCCGUACAUCUCCCAGUCUCUGAAGUGGUGUCGCAGCAAAGCAAUCGGUCAGGUGGAGGAGACUCCAGACUCCAUGUUGUUUUACACCUACCUGCCUAACGAGCCCCUCAGCAAGGACCGAGUGGAGGCUUUCAGCGACGGAGUUUAUGCCAUCGUAGCAACGCUUCUCAUCCUGGACAUAUGCGAGGACAACGUUCCAGACCCGACCGUUGUGCAGAAGCAGUUUGGUGGGAGCCUGAUAGCAGCUCUACAGGUCUACGGCCCAGAGUACCUCGCCUACUUUGGUUCCUUCGCCACCGUCGGCCUUCUCUGGUUUGUGCACCACUCGCUCUUCCUCCAUGUCACCAAGACAACGCGCUUUAUGGGCCUGCUGAACACCUUCUCACUGGCGUUUGUCGGAGGUUUGCCUUUAGCCUACCAGCUAACGCAUGAAUUCCCGCGCAACUCUCGCAAUGAACUUGAAGCCAUUCAGAUCAGCUGUGUGAUCAUUUUCUUUGCUGGUAUAUUUCAGCUCGCUAUCUGGGUGGUCGCUCUUUACAAUGAACAGGAAUCCCUGCACCCUUAUGUGCGAUAUGGCGGACGUGAGCACAUAUUCAUGCUAGCUAAGCUGUCUCUGUACCCCUGCGUAGCUCUAGGGACGUUUUUCCUAACUUGUAUUUUGAGUAAAUUUAGCGCCUCAAUUUUCCACUUGAUGGAGAUUACGGUGCCUUUUGCUUUCCUCGUGUUGAGGCUGUUGGUGCGUGUUGGGCUAGCAUUGCUACGGCUAGUUUUCUGUCCUGAUAGGCCUGACCACAGGGUUAUUGUAGAGGAGGGAGAUGACGAGACAAGAGUGCCAUUCAACGCUUUAGUCACCUAGCUAGCUUGAAGGGAAGUGGCCACAGAAAAUCCAGCUAAAUGACCGAGAAGUGAGGCAUUGUUGCUAAAAUGCUUGGUCUCUGAAAGAGUUCGAUUAGACGCCACGUCGCAAGUUGAAGGCAAAGUGUGGAAACAGAGUUGUGACAGCAGGUUACUGACAGCCAAAGCCUAUCCAUUCAUUUGUUUUUAAACUUGAAGACUAGUCGUAUGUCCACAGUAAGGUUUCACUUAGAUUUUAAGGCCCAGAUGUCCGAAAGUAGCAAAAGGUAAAAAAUUAGAAAUGUUUUCAGGGAUGGCUUGAAGUCAUAUAUGCUUGCUAGCUGAUUAUACACUUCCAUUAGAACAGAAAAGAACAGGUUUAAAUAAUUAUAGUUCAGUUUUUAUGCCAAGUAAAGGUGUAAGCUCAAAACUGUCCAAAACUGCCCGUCCAAAUGUUUUGGUUUUUUAUUUAUUAUUCAUUUCACCUCUGUUUACCCAGAGAAAAUUUGCAAAGCAGGUUCGGACAUGUUACAGAAAUUCAUAAACGAGGUAGUGUUUAAGAUACUUUGUGUACUAGAAAAUAUUGUUUUCUCGAGUUCGUGUCCUUUCACACUUUUGCGGCAAUAUAAAUGUUGCAGUUCACUUGUAAGCCAACAAGCUAACAGGUGUAGUCAGUGAAGUGUUUGCACUUGACCGGCCAUAAAAAUGCAAAUUGCACUGUUUUAAAAUAUUUGCAUUCAGAUACUUUGUACUAAUCUGUGGAAUGUAUUUUCACCUUUUUCAGUUAUGUCUAAAGGUUUUUUUUUCUCUUUAAUAUUAUGUGAAAGUAUGUUUACUUAAAUGACCCCCACAACUGUUAAAAAGUAUAAAAAGGCCAUAUUGUGCAUGGCUGUUGUUUUUUAGUUUCAGCGAUUUUUUUUUUUUUUUAAUUACAUUUAAUGUAAUGUUAACCAAAUGUUGGUAUACAGUACUAAUAUCAGAAAGAAAUCAAUUUAUUUUGUUCUGCUUUUAUGAAGAAGUUUGUGAAAUGAGGUGUGGUACAUUUCUCCAGGAGGGGUCACUAAUGUUUUUGUAAAAUAGACCUGAAUCCACUUUCUUGGCUGUACUGAUGAUGUUCACCUGUGUGUCUGAUACGGACUCAGAUCUGCACUUUAAUGGAAACCCGUCAGGUGAUGGAGAAGGGUUACAUACAUCGAAGAACGGGCUAAACGACACAGAGACUUGAAAAAUUGACAAUAAAAAACAACAACUUAUUUUUAAAGACUGAUAGAAAUACUCAGCUGGCUCUGAAUGUGUGCAGGUAAAAAGCUUGUUUAUGAUUGGUUGGACAAGCCAUAUUUUUGGAUUACUUUUCUAGUUUUUGCUUGUCACGUUUUUAUUCUGUUGAUUAAUUAACAGUAACUCACAGACCUAAGCUGCAUUUAGAACCAAGUACGGUUGUGUUUUAUGAAUUACUAUCUGUAUGUAAUAAUCUGUAAUUGGCAUUGGUUGAUUCAAAUGGUAGCAGUUUAGUUUCAGAUUUUAUGAAGGAAUAAAUGCCUGUAAUUGUUCAACAACCUCUUUGCAUCCCAAAUAAUGAACACAAUUUCAUCAGGUCAAACAUUUUCACAUUAUAUAAAACUGCAUUUGUAUAUUUCCAAAUCAUAACCAUUCUCUUGUCAUUCAUCCAACAUGGAGAAAGUCCUUCUCAAAGUAUUCUCGUUGACAGAUUUGUGUUUUACUGUUUGUUUGUAAUGGCUGUAUUAGUGCAGACGCUGCAUUUGCUCUUUCAAACACUGUGCAAAAUCUUUUUUUCUAUAAUUAAAUGUUAAGUCAAACAGUUAUGCUUUGCUUUGUGAAUAAAUCUGACGUUGUUCCUUCAAUGUGAAAGCAAAUUCUCCUUUUGUCAUUAGGAAGCAUAAGGAAAAACAAUUUAAAGAAAAAAAUCUUUAUUUCACCUCCAUACAGUAAACAGCUUUACAAUAUCCCUAACAAGUAUCAAUAUUUGGUUUAUCCAUGACUUUGUAUUUUCCCUAUUAUUAAUAGCAUACUUCCUUAGUAUCAAUAUUAAAUUGUAUCCACUCCAAAAGCUAUAGAUCUUCAUUAGAAAACAUUUCUGCUAAAGCAAAUAUAACAUACACAAAAUGAUAAAUUAAAAAA